CGCUACCGAAAAUCUGAAAGAAGUGCGCGUGCCCAUUCACUUCCUGCAUGGAGAGUACGCGCGCUGAUUAAAUGUGUGCGUAACUUUGUUAAAAUAAAUGACGGUGUCCCUCAGUGCAACUCUUGUAAAAGAAUUCUACUGUGCAAACUAACGUGAUCAAACACUUCUGGAUGGAUGCAUUGGAUAGAAGUCGUUCCCAGAGUAUGACAUGCUAGCUCCAGUGGUAGUCGGCUUCCACCCCAGGCUUAGCAUCGUACAAAAGUUAAAAUCGGACAGGUAAACACAUGUCUUCAGCAUUCACACCUAAGGACACGACGACAACAUAUGGAGACUUUCAGACAGCGUUUGACGUUCAGGACAAGCAAGGAGGAUGUCAAACUAAGGAAAAGAAAGUCCGUAUUGUACACAAAGGAGAUUGACACUCAUGAUAAGACAGAAGUGCUGAGGGUUGCUGCGUUUUGUGUCCUUUUUCGUGCCUUGAACUGUUUCCUGGUUCAGACCAGCUUUGUCCCGGAUGAGUACUGGCAGGGUGUAGAAGUCGCCCAUCACAUGGUUUUCAAUUAUGGCCAUCUGACAUGGGAAUGGAAGGAAGGCAUAAGAGGCUUCACCUAUCCACUCUUUUUUGCCAUCAUCUAUAAAGUCCUGCACUGGAUACACUGCGACUCCGUUUAUCUGCUGAUAUGGAUGCCCCGACUACUUCAUGCACUCGUCACUGCUUUUGUGGACGUUAAAUUCUUUUUCUUCAUGAAAACGCUGGAAGAUCACAAAACGGCAAAAUGGACGUUCUUCUGCCAUCUGUGCUCGUGGUUCACGUGGUUCUGCUGCACCAGAACGCUAAGCAACAGCGCGGAGACCAACAUCACUUACCUGGCUCUGUGCUACUUCCCCCUGCCAGGAUCCAAAACAAGCAGCAGUAAAAAGUAUUUGAGCCUUGUUGCCUUGGCGAUCAUUGUUCGAACGACGGCACUGAUUGUCUGGCUUCCGUUAGUGGCUUAUCACUUCUGGCAGGACAAAAACAAACUGAAGCUCAUGGUUCAUGACUACAUUCCCAUCGGGGUUACAGCCGUUGUGAUUUCAACCAUAAUCGACUGCAUCUUCUAUGAAAAGUGGGUCUUUGUGCAGUUCAACUUCCUGAAGUUGAACGUCUUCCACAGUGUGGCCGACUUUUACGGCACCCACCCUUGGCACUGGUACCUCACUCAGGGCUUCCCGGUCAUAAUUGGCCCCCAUCUACCAUUCUUUUUGUACGGAUGCUUCCUAGCUUUCCGAAAAUACAAAAUCCUCCUGGUGGCCAUUACAUGGACCAUUGGGGCAUAUAGCCUGCUUCCUCACAAGGAGUUUCGAUUCAUCUACCCUGUGCUUCCUUUCUGUUUUAUCUUCUGUGGUGUAGCGAUGGCUCAUCUGAGAGCUUGGCGACGAGCAGCCGCCGGUGGUUUGUUGGCCUCCAACCUGCUCAUAGCUCUCUACACGGGUCUGAUUCACCAGCGCGGCGCUCUGGACGUCAUGAGCCAUGUCCGUGGACUUUGCCACAACGUAUCCGAGGCAGACGUCCGCUUCCUCAUGCCUUGCCACUCAACGCCUUACUACAGCCACGUCCACUGUCCACUAAAGAUGGCAUUUCUCGAGUGCCCGCCUGAUCUUGGCCAAGUUGGCCACGUCGACGAAGCGGACAGGUUCUACCAUGAUCCGCUUCUGUGGCUCCGGACUUCCUUUCCAGACGCGCAGUCGCAGCCUACUCACUUGGUUCUCUUUGACGUCUUGGAGAAGGAGAUCUCUGUGUUUCUGCGGGACAAUAACUUCACGAAAACGGCUGAUUUAUUUCACACUCAUGUUCCUGAAGGAAAAGUUGGAAGAAGAAUCUAUAUUUAUGAAAGAUACUGACAACCAUGGGAACAUCUCGGUGGCUAUUAGAUGGCUCUAAUAUUCUCUCCAUCUUUAAAAAGUCUGGAGGUAACCUCAUGUUCUGUUCAUUUUCCAUUUAAUUUGGUAUUUUUUAAUGAUUCAAAAAAACAAUACAAUUGAGCCGUGAGGAAUACACAUAGAUCAUUUACUGAU